AAGCACUCGAGCAAGGACCACUCUUGGGCGCCGGCCACCAGCCGAGGUUAUUGGUACGCAGUAAUUAUCACGGACAGCCAUUUUGAAAUUUGAGGCCCGCGGCGCAAGUUGCUGGCACCGGUUGUGACCUCACUGCUCUCUGCCCAGCUCUCGCUGGGAGCCUCUCACAGCCUCUCAGCGGCGCGCGCGCUCGCACAGACAGAAGACAGCAUGAGGAGGCCGCCCCCACCCCCCGGGCGGGCCUCGGAUGGUCGCGUCUCCCCCCGGGGGUACCAACGCGGCAGCGCCGAGCAGGCACCCGCGCCCCCGGAGCGUUCCAGAAGGGAGCGGCCGCCGACGCCCCCCUACGACCGGAGUAGACAGAGACCGCCGGCACGCGGCCCGGCGCCCGUCUUGUUGCGCAACAAGGAGGUCGACGCCCUGUAUGAAUUGCUUGGAUGGGUCCAAGAGGCCCUGGAAGGCGCCAACGUCCCGUGGACGUUGACCGGAGGCAGCGCCUUAGGUGCCAUUCGGUCCGAGUCGAUUCUAUUCUGUGAUGACGAUAUCGAUAUUGCGAUUGUUGGAAGGCCGAAUGUGGGCAAAGCGAGAGGCGCUCUUAAAGCUAUCAGGGGAGCCUACUACCAAGAUGCGGGUGGCAGAAAAGGUUUACCGUGGGACCGCAUUAGACACAAGUCGUCGCCAAAGGCCUGGGUCGACGUCUUUUUACUCGUGGAGUACGCGUCACUUGAUGAGCUGAGAAAAGCAGUAUCAACAAAGCGAAACGGCGAGCCGCAAGCCACAGAUGAAAUAGAAAGAGCUACGCAAUUCUGCGCUUCGUUACCAAGUGAUGCGUGGCCCUUGUAUCACUUCGGCGAGCUCGAUCGACGAGGAGGUGCUGGGUUGGCUAUCCGAAGGUGGCCGAGAGAAGUGAUUUUACGAAAUGAAGACACGUGGACCAAUACGAACUUCGGGCCCCUCAAGAACGUACCGAUGCCGCCGAAACCAUUAUCUUAUGUGGUACGAGCCUUCGGCGAGGACUGCAUGGCCGUCUAUUACGGUGUGGAAAUCAAGCAUCGAGUGAGGAUAUCUUCGUGAACCUCCACGCCGUCGAGCCGCCGCAGCUACGGAGACAGCAUCGCGUCGAUGGCGUGGGGCGCCCGAAAUUUGACUUCCACACAGGUCUACUACGUCGAGCCCGACGCCCAUGGGCCCGAGCAUAAAGUUUCUGCCGUAAAAAGAAAACAACCGCUGCGCGAGGAACACUACAAGCCCGUCAUGCCCUUCUCUCGCAGUCGUCGCUCGUCGUCGACGCAUGAUAGGGCAGUUUUGAAGACGAAGCUCGCCAUUCUAGCGCGGAAGGAAGGCAUACCACCGCCUCCUUUGGAAGCGGUCCUCGUGGCGUCGAACGGGCCUAGAGGGGAAGCUUUGUCGUCGGAGUUCGCCGACGCUAUUAUAUAUAGAUACCAAGUGGGCUGGGGCGCUUCGAUCGACGCGAACGCUUGCGUCGAAGCCGCCAAGGCACGAGGUUGUCGGUUCGUGGCCGUCGCAGCGGCGGAGGCCGAUCUAGGUGGCAGUGGACCUCAACGAUCACUGAGACACGCUUGUACCAGUAAUGGUGUCGAGUUGGGUGUUUUCGGGCUCGGCCAUACGGGAUCCAUGGGCGGCCGCGCGAAUGACACGAACGGGCCCUUGUUGGAUGCUCUACUAGCCGCCAAGGGCUAUCGACGGUGGAUCGGCGUCGGCGAGUCGGCGGAGGGGUUGUUCGUACCCCUACCACCUCGCAAUACCUUGAUAGCGCCCGCCGGGGGCUUCAUGGCCACUUACGUCGACAAGGGCCCGCUAGCAGGCUUAGGUGUCCGCGUGACGACGCACCAACGCACGUCGGCGAACCACGCCCAGUACUUCGCGGCGCAGUGGCCGCCGGCGCCCUCUGUACCUAGAGCUUCCGACUACCUCGUGGUGUUAUGUGCGGGCAUCGGUUCUAGGUUAGGACUCGGCGCAAAGUGUUGUGUGGAUGUGGGCGGCGCCUCCAUCUUCCAACGGUUGUGUCGACACGCUAAAAGAAAUGCUGUUCGAGCUUUGGUGGUUGUGGUCGGCUACGAAAGUGAAAAAGUCGCAGACCAUUGCAGGGAGGCCUGCGCUGCCGUGGGUCUACCGAAGCCGGCCAUCAUUUCGAAUGAGGAGUAUAGUAAUACAAAUACGGCCAAGAGUCUACUUUGCGCGGUGAGAGCGGUACCAGCUCUAGCACAGACCGGAUUCUUAUUAGUUGAUGGCGAUUUGCUAGUGGGAGACGGCGCCUUCGACGCCGUCGCGCGCUUCCCGGGGACCUGUGCCGCGGUUGCGAGGCCUUCUCCCCUAGAAUUUUCUUGCGACGACGCCGAGGCGGUGCGCGCCCAUGUUGAUGAUGAUGUGGUCAUCGCCAUCGGCAAGCAGGUGCCGCCAAACGCCCAGGGCGAGUGCGUCGGGUUGUACUCUAUCACUGGGGAGUCAUUUGGAGAGGCACAGUUAGAUUUGUUUCUGGAGAACGCCUCUGAUCAAGACUACUACGAAGACGCCUUCCACGCGUCAUUGGUCGAUAAUGAUCGACUGGAUAUGCGGGUGAUCGACGUGACGGGCAUGGGCUGCGUCGAGAUAGAUACUCCUACUGAUCUAGAAACAGCUCGAUCACUGGCCGGGGGUGGCAUCGGCGAGACAUUAAGACGAUUGGGUGGUAUACAAGCUCUAGUGAAACGAAUAGGAUUAGAACAGGUAGCUCCCUUACUCGCGAACGAAGAUAUUGAUGAGGACACCCUCCCACUCCUCAAAGCCGACGAUCUGGUCGAAGCAGGGCUCGAGGCGAAGGACGCCAAGAGAUUAACAACGGCCGUAGCUUCCUUACCGCCGCCGUCUUCAUCCAACGACAGCUUCUCCCUCCAAAACGUGACGAGAGCUCUUGACGAGGCGAAAGAAAGUGCGGAUCUCGGUUCAGCAAAACCGUACGUUGAUUUCCUCGCGCGAGUCAUCCGGCAGCUCGGUGGCAAGGCCCAGUCCGCAAGAUUGGGCGACGUGUGCAAGGCCGAAGAUCCCGAGACGUACGCGGUGAUCAAGACGAAUUUUGACGGGUUACGAGGUUUGCUGGAAAGGUUCCCGACGCAUUUUCGCAUGCACCACGACCGGCCCAUGAACCACGUGUCGGUCUGCGGCGAGGCGGCGAAGCCCCAACCCGAAGAUGCAAGACCGCUGAAGCCCACGCACCCCGUUAAAGUCGAAGUCACGGAGCCCUCUUCACCGGCUGAUGAAGAGAACGUCAUUAGGAAUGUGGUCGAUAUAUUGACUACCGCUUCGGACAAGGCUUUGACUGCUGUCGAUCUCGGAAAUGCCUUGAUCCAACGCGUGGGCAUGGACACGCUAGCGAGGGUCAAAGCGACGCAUGGCGGGUUGUUGACCUUCUUAGAACUCGAUAGGAGGUCAAAGAUGGCGAACGUGAGAAUACUCUGGGUGCCGAAGAACGAUGUGGUUUACCUGGAACAUUCGACCGCUGAUGACAUCAACCAGGGCGGCGGGGAACUCCGAGCCGCAGCACCUUCUUUUUGUCCUCAAGGACCGACCACUACGACCAUAGAACCGCCGCGCACCAUCGAGCACGCGCCCAUCGGGAAGCCGAACAUCCAGCCCGGGGCUCCGUCAUCUCUCAUACCGAAGGAUCCUGGUUUAUUUCCAGCGCCCCCUACCGAAGGCGUGGCAAGGCAACUGGAGCUCUUAACGGCCGACGGCUACGCGCCGACGCAAGCCUGGCCCUGUUCCAGGGAUGACGCGCCGAUAAUAAAGUGCGUCUUGGACUGUAUGCGCGCGCAAGCUCCCAAGGCCUCGACGUUACACAAGAUUAGAGCGUAUUUACGCGGCGUCUACAAGCUGCCGGUGACCGUCAAGUCCGUACCGUUACGGGCUCUACUGACGGCCUACCCGGGCAACUUCGUCUUCCUGACGGCGACGUCUCUCGGUGAACGGGGCCAGAAGAUCAUUGCCCUCUGAGCGGGCAACAAUUCGCAGACUAAC